AUGUCCAAUCCAUUUUUGAUUCUAUUUGAUUUACCUUCAACUACAACAAAUCCAUAUUCAACAUCAUCUUCAAAACCUGUUUCAAUCACUAAUGAUUCUUCUUCUGCUAUCUAUAAAGAUAUACUUGAAUAUGUUCUUCUAUGUACAGUCGAUGAACAACCAUCAUCAUCAGUAGUUUAUUUAACUGAAUUAGAUGUAGGAUUAUCAGAAAAUUGGGAUAAAAAUCUCAUUGAUCAAGCUUUAUUUGAACGUCUUCGAAUGACAGAUUCAUUCAGUCAAUUAUUAACAUCAACAACAAAAAAAUCAACAAUUAAAUAUGAUCUGAAUAUUAUUACUGAAAAUCGUUGUUUACAUUAUUUAGCUGGUUGUUAUCAAAGAUUAUUACAACAACAAGAUCAUUUUAAAUUGGUGCUUGAGGAUAUUAAAAAAUUAUUUAUUGAUCAUAGUAAAACAGCAAUAAGUUUACCAGAUCUUUAUGAAGGUCAAGAUUUAUCCAAACAAUGGUUAGAGUUAUUAAUUGGCGGUCAUAAUAAUCAACUUUUAUAUGAAUAUAGUGAUUGUAUUAAUAAUGAUCUUUUAUCAACCACAACUGAUGAAAUUGAGAAUCUUUAUAAUUCUGUCUUUCGUCAUAUGUAUAAAGCAAUUCAACCACUUGACUAUUUUUCAACAGAAUUGAUUGCAUAUAUUGGAGCAUUAACUCAUUUAGCUAAAUGGCCAGCACUUGUUCGAAUUAUGUUUCGUUUAUCUCAUCCAAAAGCUGCGUCUAAGCGUCCUGUACGAAAUCUUCUUGCACCAUCAGAAAAUGGUCGAGCAUUGGAAGAUACAUUAAUUGGUAGUUUUCUUUCGAAAUCAUGUUUACCUUCAUUACCUGGUAAACCUUAUUUAUUCUUUGAAAAACCAAAAUUAAUGACCGAACGUGAUGUGGAAUUAACAGCUGGAAGAAUGUGGCAACCAAUGCAAACAUAUCAAGAAAAUUUAUCUCAAUUAUUUAAAUCUUUUGUUAAAAAUGUUGAUGCACGUAAUGAUGUAUUACAAUGGAUUGGGGAUUGUUUAAUGGAGAAUCGAGGAAAAAAUAAGGAAUGGUCUUCGUAUAAUCGUUCAACUGCUUAUUUAUAUGCUAGUGAUGGAUUUUUAUUAAAUUUAAAUCUUAUUUUACUUAAUCUUGCACGACCAUUUUCUGAACCUUAUUCAUCGAAAUUAUUAAAAAUUAAUCCAAUUUAUGCGAUUAGUCAAAAUGAAAAUGUUCAUUUAAAAAAUCUUCAUAAGGAUACACCAUUAAUUAUUCGUGAUGAAGAAAAUCUCGAUGAAAAAAAUAAUAAAACAACGUUUAAUUUUAUUACUGAAAUCUUUUUCAUGUGUCAUCUUAGUUAUACAUCUUCAGUUCAAAGACUUCAUCGAAUGCUAUUAAAAAUUAAAGAAGACUUAUUAGAUGCACAACGUGCAUAUAAUGAUGCUAAUAGAGCACAUAGACCUAAUAAUGAAGAUGUGCGAAGAUUAGAAGAAACAAUGGAAAAAGAUCUUACGGCUUUUCUGAAUAUAAAAACUGUACUUAAUGAACCUCGUUUAUUGGAUUUAUCGAACUCGUUAUUUAAUGCAACUUGUUCAUGGCUUGUUCAUCUUGCAUCUUUAACAAAUGAAAAUGAAAAUGAAGAACAAAUGCAAAUGAUUAAACAGUUACCAUUAACAUCAAAACAUAAUCGACAAUUAAGUUAUAUACCUGAAUUUAUUAUGGAAAAUAUAACAAAUUAUCUAACCUUUCUUGGAAAAUUUAAUGUACAAUUAUUCGAAUCUCUACCAUCUCUUAAUGAAUAUGUUACGCUCGUUCUCGUAUUCAUGGGUGAUGCAAGUCGCUUACGCAAUCCUCAUUUACGUGCUGCAUUAGCUGAAGGACUUGAAGCUAUUUUACCAAAUAAACAAUAUGGUGAUGGUCGAACAUUAAAUAGUCCAUUUGCUGAAUCUGUUUUUACUGAUCAUCCAUUAAUUGAACAUUUACUACAUGUACUUCUUGAUGCAUUUGUAUCAGUUGAAUUAACUGGACAAGCGGCAAUAUUUGUACAAAAAUUUAAUUAUCGUCGUCCAAUGUAUGAAAUACUUGAAUAUCUUUGGAAAUUUGAUAAACAUCGUGCACAAAUGAAAAAACUUGCAUCGUAUGCAGAAGAACAUAUUGAAGACGCUGAAGCUCCACUUUUCUUACGUUUUAUUAUUUUCCUCAUGAAUGAUGCAAAUUAUUUGUUAGAUGAAACAUUAUCUAAUAUGGCUCGUUUAAAAGAAAAUCAAGAAGCAAUGGAUCGUGGUGAAUGGAAUGCUAUGCCUUAUCAUCAAAGACAAGAACUUGAAAAUACAUUUCGAUAUACAGGUGAAAUGGUUCGUUAUACAAAUAUAAUGGGAGUUAAAACAUUGUUUAUUCUUGAUAUUAUAACACGUGAUAUUCAAUCAAUAUUUUGCAAUCGAGCAAUUUGUCAACAACUUGCUUCAAUGCUUAAUUAUUUUCUCCAAUAUUUAGUUGGACCUAAACGGCUUAAUUUGAAAGUACGUGAUUUAAAUGAAUAUCAGUUUGAACCACGAAAGCUUGUUGCAAAAGUAACGGAUAUUUAUUUAAAUUUUGCUCAACGUGAUGAAUUUUGUGCUGCUGUUUGUAAUGACGGAAUGUCAUAUAAUGAACAUUUAUUUCCACAAGCAGUUGAAGUUCUUGAACGAAUUCGACAUCCAACCGAAAGAAUUGAUACUUUUUUAAAACUCGGUGAACAUAUCAAAAUAUUGCUGCACAACAAAAAAGAAGAUGAUGCAGUUUAUGAUAAUGCACCAGAUGAAUAUCUUGAUCCUAUUACAAGUAUUUUGAUGGUCGAUCCGGUUAUGUUACCAACUUCUCGACAAAUUAUGGAUCGUGCAACUAUUGCUCGACAUCUUCUUAAUGAUCAAACCGAUCCGUUUAAUCGAAAUCCAUUACAUAUGCAAGAUGUUAUACCUCAAACUGAAUUAAAAGAAACAAUUGAACAAUGGAAAGCAUCACGACGUCGACAAUAG